AUGGUGGAUGGGAGUGGGAGUGGGAGUGGGGUGCCAGUUGUGGUGGGGCCUGAUGCUGCCGAGGUUGGUGAAGGUAGUGCUGGUGCUAAUGCUAGUGUGAAUGAGGGUCAAGCUCAGCACAAUGUUUAUUUUUUAUCAUUGACGGUUUUCCAUCCAUUGGGACGCUGGAGCUCCUUUAAAGAAGCAAAGAGAGCCACCCCAGGUCCUAGCUACGUGGGAAUGGAGGUGGACAAAAUUAGCAACUUGCCGGAACAUAUUAUAGACAACAUUUUAUCAAGUUUACCACUAAGGGAUGCCGUGAGGACAAGUGUCUUGUCAAGCAAGUGGAGAUUUAAAUGGGUUACACUUCCACAUCUUGUAUUUGAAAAUCAGUCUGUCCUGAUUUCCACCCAAGAUAAAACCCUCGUAAAGAACAAACUUGUGAGCAUUAUCGACCACGUGCUGUUACUUCAUACAGGCCAAAUACAUAGCUUUAAGCUUUCUCACCGUGAUCUUCAAGGUGUCAGUGAUGUUGAUAGAUGGAUUCUUUUCCUGUCGAGGGGCUUCGUUAAAGAAUUUAUACUGGAAAUAUGGAAAGGACAUCGUUACAAGCUCCCUUCUUCUAUGUACUCCUUUCAAAAGUUAAUCAAUCUGAAACUUUUUAAUUGUCUUUUAAAACCCCCGAGUACAUUUAAUGGCUUUAAAAGCUUGAAGAGCCUUGAUCUUCAGCUUAUAACCAUGGACCAAGGUGCAUUUGAGGUUAUGGUAUCCGGCUGUCGUUUCCUUGAGCGGCUGACGUUGAUGAACUUUGAUGGUUUUACCCAUCUUAAAAUCCAUGCUCCAAAUCUCCUCUUCUUUGACGUUGGAGGAGUUUUUGAAGAAGUGGGUUUUCAGGAUACCAUCAAUCUGGCUAUUGUCUCUAUCAGCUUGGUUGCGAACACUGGAAGUGACCAGAAUGUGGCUUUCGGCAGCACUGGUAAUCUGAUCAAUUUUUUUGCUAAUCUACCUCGUAUUCAAAGGCUUAAGGUGCAGAAUUUUUUCUUGAAGUAUUUGGCUGCUGGCGGUGUACCAGUAAAGCUGCCUACACCUUGUAUGGUUCUUACUUAUCUUUCGAUACGCAUUGAAUUUAAUGACUUGGAGGAGAAUCUGGCUGCUCUUUGUCUUGUUCGCAGUUGUCCUAACCUUCAAGAGCUCGAGUUGUUUGCUCGCUCAGAGGGACAUGCUACUAUGGGAUCAGUUUCGAAUAAUGUGGAAAAUUAUCAGCGUCUCCCAUUAAAUCAACUGCGGCUUGUUAAGAUUGUUGGGAUCUCUGGUAUUAAACAAGAACUGAGUUUCAUCAAUUUUCUGCUUGCAAAUUCUCCUGUUCUUGAAAGGAUGAGUGUCCAGCCUGCUUCGACAGACGGAGGAAUGGUAAUGGCAAAAGAGAUGCUUCGUUGUCGACGAGCUUCUUCACAAGCAGAAAUUAUUUACCUUGAUCGUGUGCAGGAUUAA